AUGGUGGGGUCCGCUCGUUGGUUUUCCAAAAAGGGUAAUCCACUUAUACUUAACGCUCUUCUUAAGCUUAAUUUCGCUAGAUUUAUAAAUUUGAAUAAUAGUUUAGUAAGUGGAAUCUUGGAGAGUUUGGCUUCGGUUCACGAUUCCGAUUACUUCGAGCCGAUAAUCGGAUUCCCUCGUGUGGCUCAAUUCAGAUACAAUUACUCGUUGGUUUCUAACGAAGAGUGUAAUGGGCAAAAUGAUAAUUUCUCUCAACAACAUUCGGUAGCUAGUAUGCAAUCUUUAGACUCAUGUUCGAUUUUUACAAAUCAAUUCAAAACUUACAAGUUGGAGAAUCAAGAUAUGGAAUUUCAAGAUAGAAGGAAUAGUCGUUAUGAUCAAUCUUUCAAUCCAAAUAUAACGUUAAUUGGAGAGGGAACAUGGAAUGGAGCAAAAAACGAGCUUUGCAUAGUAGCCUGUCGUAUCUUGAAUCAAACUGACCCUUUGGAAAGCGCUCAUGUUGGAGAUUGUUCGGUCAGGCUGACCGUAUGGUUCCCGGGAAUUCGGUCAAUCAAGAAUACGCAUACCACCGAAGGUCAAAUUUGGUCAACUAAAAAAGAAGGGUAUUUUGAAACGGUUAAGUUUCAAAGCUUUGAUCAUAGUUUGGAGAAUUAUGGGUCGAAGUAUGAGUUUACGGAGUGGGGAAAAAUAGGACGGUUUUGCCCUCGGAGGAAUUAUUUUAAAAAGGAAGGGACGCAUCCUUCAGGGUAUUAUGGGGAUAUGAGUUUCGACAUGUCUGUCAAAUACAGAAACAUGGAUUCCAUGGGUUCUGCAAUUCCGAUCUUUGUAGGGGAUCCCCCUCGAACAAUGCCAGGGGUAUCACCCUCGUCACCCAUCCGUUACAUUAGUACGCUGAACAUCGGUUAUGAAAUUACCUUCGGAAUGUUUGUUAAUUCGACAUCGGAAUCCGGGAUUCCGUUGUUAUCUUCUAAUGGUAGAGUGGAGAUAUCUGCGCAAGGGGUUUAUGAUGGUGAAACCGGAAGACUCUGUAUGAUUGGUCGUAGAAGUUUACAAUCAUUUGGAAAAAAUUCGAGUUUUGACUGUGAGAUUGUGGUGCGAUUCCAAUUCCCGAGUAUCAAUCGGAAUAAUGGAAGCUUCUUAAUCGAAGGAAGUAUACAAAGCUUACGUGAAAAAACAGAUGUUUUGUAUUUUGAGCGAUUAAAUGUUGUUUCUCUUACUUACACGAAAACGGAAGCAAUGAAAUCGAUAUGGAGAAUGGAUUUGGAAAUCAUUAUGGAUUUGAUUUCGGGGACACUUUCAAAGUCAACCUUCCAGAUGAAAUAUUGA